AAUGACUUGGGCUAACACUAUCGCAGGUCGAAGACGGAUCGCAACAAUCUCGCUAUACCUGUGACAACUGCAUGGCAACUAUCGCGCGCCUCAAAAACGGCAACAAACUCUGGACUGUCCCAGAAAAGGACCUCACCUUCCAAAAGUGCUCUGGAUGCGAACAGGUUUACUACUGUAACAGGAUAUGCCAAGUAGCAGCCUGGAGGCACCACCACAGAUUCGAAUGCGAGACAUAUGUUACCUUGAAAUCCAAAACCGCGAUUGAUAACGUUGGCUGCGACCCUGUUCUCACCUUCAGCAACAUCCGCUAUAUCAUUCGUCUAGUUCUGCUUCACCACUCGGGAAUAAUUGGAGAGAAUACCGAGACACAGUGGACAGAGUUUCUGAGUCUGUGUUUGUCAGCAAUGUGGAGAAGAGAAAGUGAUCCAACGUUGGCGGUUGAUAUUGACAACUUUGCGAGUACCAUGAAGGAUUUUCUGGAUACGCGUCUGAGCGUUGAAGAACUCGCCUACCAACAAUAUGUCAUGGUCCAUAACAAGAAAAGUAUCCUAGUUCCCCUCCUGAAAGGGAGCAGUAGGCUAUACGAUCCAGCGGUAAAGUCCCUCAUACGGGUUGGACAUUUUGUCGACCCCUUCGUAUCCAGCAUCAGACACUCUUGUGACCCCAAUGCCUGGUACGUCUUUGAUCACAACGAGCUUCAGGUCCGAGCAUGCAAAGAUAUCCCGGCAGGCUCCGAGAUCACCUUUUGCUAUGCCGACGAGAGAUAUGAUUACGAAUCGCGAACCGCACAGCUCAAAGCUGUCUGGAAUAUCUCUUGCAGCUGUAGCCUCUGCGCAAAAGGCCCCCAUGGGCCCACAGGAGAUCUCCGCUGCCGUGUCAUAGAUUUGAUCACUUCUAACCCCAAGCGACCGCCAACUCUCAUCCCCGAUAUUGAGAUGGCUAUUGCAGAUGUGCAUAGCGCUGGCUUCGCAUACGGUGCCGAUCUGAUGCGGCCUCUCUAUCAGACCGCCAUGCGCUCCUAUCUUCACUGGAAACAUUCCGCCAACAUGCUCAAGAUCUGUUUGAUCAUAUAUUUCUUGAUAGAACCAUCGACGGCGCCACCAACGCCCCUGAGUCAGCGUCUCAAUACUUUGCUCCACAUAAUCUCGCUGUCGGAUCCGCCGAUCAAACUUGGGCUUUCUGCUCUGCCUCCGAGGGUGCAAGAACUGUUGGAUGCCCUGCGUGUCAAUUUUAUGGAGCUUCUGGUUAUAGGUACGGAAAAGUGUUAUGGGAAGGAAAGUACCGUGGGUCUCUUUGAGAGGGACUCUUUUAUGGCCUAUGUGAAAGGGCAAGAGGCUGCGAAGAAUGGCCAUAAUUCUGCCUUCACCCCUUUGGCCAAGAAUAGUGAGCAGAGGGCCGUCUUUCUUGUGGGUCUUAAUGAGUUGCUGGGGUGGGCUAGUAUUCCGAAGAUGACUGAGCAGCAACUGCUAAAGUUGGUCAGUUGAAACAGGGUUUUUUAUGAUAUGAAGGACUGGGGCGCCGAUGAGGAGUGUUGGGUUCAAUUAGGAUGGGUUGUUGGAAGAAUCAGCGGGAGUUAGGACUAGGCGCACUGUUGUAUUGUAACUUGUAGCGAAUAAAAAUGCAUCGAAUCCAUCCCAGC